UUCCCGGAUGUACAGUUCACCCGGUAGCUCGGAAACCUCUAAUUCUAUUUACCUACAGGUGUUCCCACAGUAAACAUAGCGGAUACAACAUCAGAUCGUCUAUAGGUCUUCUAUUUACCUGCAGUUUAACGGUGGUGACGUCAGUACUGUGCUGCUGGGGGAAAUAAAAGUACGGAGAGAGCGGGGCAGCAAGUUUAUCAGGCAGCAGUGUCAGUCGCAACAAAUGGCAGAAUACAUCAGAGACACUAAGUAAAUGAAAUUACGAUAGUCCAAGUGGUAUCUGUUUAGGAUCUCAGAUCGUAACAUCAGCCUUCAAACUAGUUGACGUACCUUUUGGAUUGGAUGUGAGAUACUGGACGUCAUACCCCUUACCCGGAAGAGUUGCAUAGCGGCGGUAUGCUGAUCGGAGACGCACAGGUCCGACGUGGACAACUAUACUGAAGUUCUCAUAUUUAUAACGUGGGUGGAAAUCGCUUGUAUUUAACAUGAAGGACACGAACAAGCUGCGGAUGGCGGAGCAGUUCCUUAAUCACGCCCUGGGGUUCGUCUACCUACUGACUGGGGAGCAAUACUUUAUAACGAAGAAAACUCCUUCACACAGCAGCACGCACCGGCUGAGCGGAGAGGUGCCUAUAAAGUGUGAUGACGUUGCCGUGUAUUUCUCUAUGGAGGAGUGGGACUAUAUAGAGGGACAGAAGAAGAUUUACAAGGAUGUUGUGAUGGAGACUCAGCAAGCACUAAGGACAAUAGAGAUCUCAGGAAAUGAGAGCUCAGGCCACUGUGAGGCUAAUAUAAAUACAGAGUUAAUAUGUGAGAAGGGAGAGUACGAGAGACCUAACAAGCCACUCCCCCAAGGAGAGACCAGUUCUGCUGUCCUUAAAGACGAAUCUGAUGCUGAGGUGGUAUCUUCAGCCGGAGAUCAGCCCGUAAUGAGUCAUCUGGAAGCUCCGCAGCAGGAAAUCUAUAACUGUAUCAGCUCAGAUGGAUCUGUUGUUGAAGUCUUAUUAAAUACUGAACAAAUCGUAGAAUUGACUGUAGAACAUCGUCUGGAAGCUCUGAAGGAGGAAAUCCAUGACCAUACCAGCUCAGGUGAUGUCAAUGUUGCUCAUCAAACCAAAGAUUUGGGGCAGAAAAACUGUGAAGAUAUCAGCACAGUAAAUUCAUUCAAAACGGAGGGAUGUAACGGGGAUGACAUUAAAGAAUCCAGUGCAAUAAUUUAUCUGUCAGAGAAUACAGCAGAAGAUAUAAACACUGAUCCCAUUCAACAAAUUCAAGGAAAACUCACUGACCGAUAUUUACCUAAAGAAUUGUUUCAUAAAAGACAAAAUCUCCAAUCUAAUAAAACAAGGUAUCCCCAACAAAAGCUAAACUUCUAUUGUAACAAUGCACCAUCUACUUCCAUGACUGUUAAUACGCAAGAACCAGCAAAUGGUGUAAAAUGCGUUGGAGGAAUAAAACCUAAAUCAUAUUCUGUACCAAAGCCGUAUGUCUGCCAGAUAUGUGGGAAAGGCUUCUUUCAGCGUUUGCAAUUUGUUAAACACAGUAGAAUUCAUAUGAGGAAAGAUGCACACGUUUGCCAAGUGUGUGGAAUUGCAUUUACUCAAGCCUCUGAUUUGCAUAGACACCACAAAACCCAUACUGGGGAAAGGCCUCACAUUUGUAAUUUAUGUGGCAAAAGGUUCUCAUACAAUUUUAAUUUGGUUACACACCUCAGAACCCACACAGGAGAAAAACCAUAUGUUUGCCAGGAAUGUGGUAAAAGAUUCUCUCAUGGCUCUAGUCUAGGAACGCAUCAGAGAACCCACACAGGAGAAAAACCGUUUGUUUGCCAGGAAUGUGGUAAAGGCUUCUCUCAAGGCUCUAGUUUAGUGACACAUCACAGAACCCAUACAGGAGAAAAGACCUAUGUUCACCAAGAACGUGGUAAAGACUUCUCUUAAUCAUCGAGUUUGUGUGAACAUUACAAAAAGCCAAACAACAAAUCUUAUGACUUCCAGGAAAAUGAAAGAUCGUAUUUGGUUUCACACAUCCCAUGCACAAGAGAGUUCAUAGACCUGACUAUAAGAAACGCAUUCUAAGAAAAUUGUUUCUUUUGCCAGAAAUUGUUUUGCUAAUUAAUUGAACCUAAUUAGGCACCUUCGAUCUUAUAUAUGAAUUUAAUUAAAUGUGUUUUCUUUAGAACUAUAGAAAUCUUGCACGAUAGAAGCUUUCUUGAUUGUCUUUAACACAUUUAUAUUUUAAUAAAUAGGUUUAAAUUGA